AUGCAUUACUAAUGCUAAUACCAGAGAGAAAAUUUUCUCUUUGCUAAUAUAUUACCUCAUCGGAGAGCUGGGAAAAUGGCAAGUUUUACGAAAGCUGUGCAAGUUUCGAAAAGUGUAAAUAAUAUAAUAAAAGGAUUGACAAAUUUGUCUCUACUUCCCAACGUUAAUACAGCAUCGAGUUUAACAUUUGCUAUUCGAAGAGUGCCGACUAUUCAAUGUGCAUUCAUUCAUUCAACGCCUAGGCGAGAUGGUUUGAUGGAAUUUUUCGAUGUACCGAAAAAUUGGGGACAGGAUAAAGUACGUGUAGGACGGUCAUGGAAAUUGGAUGAAUUGAGACUGAAAAGUAACGAGGAACUCCAUAAAUUAUGGUUCGUCUUGCUGAAAGAACGCAAUAUGCUCCUAACGAUGGAGGAAGCUCACAACCGGGAAUGGAAAUAUUUUCCAAAUCCUGAAAGAAUUGAUAAAGUCGAGGAUAGUAUGGCUAACUUGGAAACUGUGGUCCGUGAAAGGAAUAAGGCUUAUCAUAUGCUCGAAACUGGAACAGAUGGAGAACGACCUGCAGCGCUAAGAUUCAAUCCACUUGGUUUACGUUUUUUGUACCGAAUGCGUCAAUACGCUAUACCGAGAUUUAUGAAUACCAAAUGGAAGAAGACGCACAUGUUUGGUUACGGCGGAUACGCAGUGCACAAAUUUUUGCGAUUGUACAGAGAAAAACUUUGGAACGCGAAACGUAAAGCACGAAAUCGUGAGAUGGGUAAAGUCUGUACUCUGUUGCGAACUUUCCCCAAUCUUGAUUUGGAAGCCGUAAAAGAAAAAUAUCCGUCGGUAGAUCUAGAGAAAGCGAAGAAGAGUAGAAAAAUCGAUGGACAUUUCGUACGCGAUUGAAUGUGAUUUCAACGUGUCAGUCAGAAUCGUAUCGUACUUCCGUGGAACAAGUACGUACAACAUUUCAAAUGAUAUGUUUAAGGAUGUAUUGGCUAAACAGUCAAUCCCAAAAGUUUAUGUACCUUAGAAAAACACAUUUCCUAUAAUUAAA